UUUAACGCUCUUUUCACUUCACUAUUCAAGCUCUUCUCACUCUCCGCCGCCUUCUCAAUUCUCUUUGCAUCUUUGCACAAACCUCCAUGGCGACGAACACGUUCACCGGAGCUUCACUCUCCGAACGCUUUCUCCGUCUCAAGCUGAAUCAGAGAUUGGCAUUUAAUUCAAUUGCUGGCCAAAGGUAUAGCUCAAUUUCAAGCUAUGGGAGAAGGAAUGUUUCUUUUAGCUCACAGCCACGGUCAAUUCGCCUUACAGUUUCCUGUGCUGCUAAACCAGAGACAGUAGAGAAGGUGUGCAAAAUUGUAAAGAACCAACUUGCUCUAUCGGAUGACUCUAAAGUCAAUGGCGAGUCAACAUUCACAGCUCUUGGAGCUGAUUCACUUGAUACGGUUGAGAUUGUGAUGGGGCUUGAGGAGGAAUUUGGUAUCACCGUAGAAGAAGAUAGUGCACAGAGCAUCUCAACAGUUCAGGAAGCUGCAGAUCUUAUCGAGGAGAUCAUCAAUAAGCAGAGUCCUUAGAGUAAACAUGUACCAGAUAAAAAAUUAUUUCUGCUAGACAUGCAUAGUUUUAUAUAUUUUAGUAUUGCGGGGUAGUUUAGUCUGAAGUGUUUUAUAUAUUUACUGCAAGUCUGUAACCAAAGAAAUAAAGUAGAUUUUGCUCCUUUUCCCAAUAUAUUUUGUGCCCGUGGUGUUCGAUUUC